CAGCGCAGUAGCGCCCCCCAGCCGCCAGCCUUUUGCAACCCCCCGGACAAGCCCCGAGAGGCUCCCAGGAGGGGAGGCUGGCUCACAGAGUUGCCCUUAAUAUACUCUCCUUUGGCGACGCGAGAGCGCUCAGGCCACCGCUGGGGCAGGUGGACACGCAGCUCCUCUGGAAGCAUCUCGAGCUCAGGGUGUGUGAGGCAGGAUUUCAGCUGGAAGGCUUUUAACAGUCUCAAAUGCGAGCGUAAUGAGCUAGUGAGAGCCUUAAAGGCAGAGUGGUUACUUAUCCUGGCUAAGCAGCUACCUCAGGCCUCAGGACAGACCUGCCAGGAGCGCUGGGCUCUGAAUAGGACUGUGUGAAAAUUUUCCAGCAAUAGGUAGAGACCCUAAACUGUUCACACCACCGAGAUGGGGACAACCUAGACCCUAGUGGACCUCUUUUCUCCGUAUUUCCAGAUUUAGCAAAUAAAAAUAUAGGACACCCAGUUUAAUUUCAAUUUCAGUGAACUCGGUGUGUUCCUGGCAAAGAUCCAAGAGGAGCAGCUGGGUGGAAAGGAAGAGUGGCCAUUGCUAGGGGAGCUGGAACCACAGCCCAAAGCCGAGCAGAAUCCCAAUGCUGCCUCUUUAUUCUCUAGCUUCCCUUUCUCUCCUCUUCUACCAGGGAACUCUUCAGGGGGCUGCAGUGUGUGACCUCAGAGAGGCAGCCCUAUGAACAGAGCGUUCAGAACAUUGGGAAGGUUCCAUUUUCUGUGUCAUCCCCAUUGUGCUCUAAGGAAGUGUGAGUUUCGGAGCCACUGGUAGGAGAGGAAGAGACUGAGAACUCUUUAUUCAUUUUUCAUUUUUUAAUAGAUUCAAUUAGAACAUACAACAUGAAUGACAAGGACUGCUCAUUUCCAGAGAUUCCCAAAACUGACUCGAUACAUCACAUGAGCCACUGCCAGAAGCGGCCCGAGCUGCCCCCUCUGCCUGCUUCUGCUAACGAGGAGCCGUCUGAAGUCUAUCAGACUGUCAUGUCGCACAGCUUUUAUCCCCCCUUGAUGCAACGCACAUCGUGGACCCUGGCUGCACCCUUCAAAGAGCAGCACCACCACCGUGGACCCAGCGAUUCCAUUGCCAACAAUUACUCCUUGAACGCUAAGGACCUGAAGCUGAAGGACCUGCUGAAGGUCUACCAGCAGGUCACCAUCAGUGUCCCUAGGGAAAGGAUCACUCAGGAGUUGCCAUCAGCACCAAAAGACUCAUCAGAGCCCAGCAAGAAGAAAAUGAAGUUCCCCUCCAGAAACAAAGAUGAUUCCACCAGGGCCAAGUCGGCCGGCAACACCUCGACCUCUUCAUCCAGAAAGAAGGUGGUGAUGAGCACCCCAGGAAGCAGACCUAUGAGCCCAGAAGAGCAGAUUAAUGUGAUGUCACAGAAGGAGACGGAUGAAGAGAGGAAAGAAGCCAAGCCAUCUGAAUCAGACCUGGAGAGAUACGCUUACUACUUGACCAAUGGAAUCCGAAAAGACAUGAUUGCCCCUGAGGACGACAAGGUGAUGGUUCGGAUUUCGAAGCUGAUUCCUCACGCACUGCUGACAAACCCCUUCCUGGAGCCGCUGGUGAGCGUCCUCGUGGAAGAGAAGGAGAGUGACUAUUACAGCAGCCUCAAGAAGAGCAUCGUUGACUACAUCCUCAUGGACCCAGAGGAGAGAAAGAGGCUCUUCAUCGAGAGCAUCCCCCGCCUGUUCCCUCAGAGAGCCAUCCGGGCCCCGGUGCCUUGGCACGGGGUCUACAGGAACGCCAAGAGGUGGAAUGAAGAACACCUGCACACGGUGAACCCCAUGGUGCUCUGCCUGGAGGAGCUGUGGUUUGAAGAGUUCCGAGACCUCCGGUUCCUGCGGACAGCAGAGCUCCUGGCGGGGAAGCAGCCCCUGCAGCCGCAGGAGUACCGGGACCUGAUCCGCCAGCACUGCCUGGAAGCGCGCCGGGUCCUCCUCAGCAAGUGGAUCCCCACCUGUGCUCAGCUUUUUGUCUCCCGGAAGGAGCAGUGGGUCCAGUUUGCUCCCAAGAGCGACUACGACUCCUCUCGUAACAUUGAGGAGUAUUUUGCUUCUAUUGCGUCAUUCAUGUCACUCCAGCUCAGAGAGUUGGUCAUUAAGUCUUUUGAGGACCUCGUUUCCUUUUUCAUGAUAUACAAGGAUGGGAAUGACUUUGAAGAGCCCUACCAAGAGAUGGAGUUCUUUAUCCCUCAGCUACUCAUGAUCAAACUUGAAGUCAGCGAGCCCAUUAUUGUCUUCAACCCAUCUUUUGAUGACUGCUGGGCGUUAUUACGCAACUCUUUCUUGGAAAUUAUUGAAAACUCUAAGGGUAUCCCCAAGGUGGAACAGGUCCUGUUCCCAGAGUUAAAGGGGUAUAAUCUGAUUCUUGGAACCGUUAACCCUGAGGAAGAACUGGUUUCUAAUUUCGUGGAUCAGACUUUCAAGGUGUUUCAGAAAAACCAAGUUGGCCCCCACAAAUACUUAAAUGUCUACAAAAAGUAUGAUGACUUAUUGGAUAACAUGGCAGAGCAAAACAUCACUGCGUUCCUGAAAGAAAAUCAUGAAAUUGAGGAUUUUGUGACGGAGAUCAAUGGCAUAAAAAAGCUGAGAAAUGAAAUUGCAUCCAUGCACAUUUCCGUGCCUUUGGCCAUGUUCUGCCUGGACACCAUGACCCUGAAUUAUGACCUCUGUGAGCGAGCCCAAAAUCUCAAAGACCGUCUGAUUCAGUUCCAGGUGGAUGUGAACCGGGACACCAAUACCAGCAUUUGUAAUCAGUACAGCCACAUCGCAGAGAAGGUCAGCGAGAUCCCUGCCAACACCGAGGAGCUGGUGUCACUCAUUGCGUUCUUAAAGAAGUCCAGCGAUGUCACCGUGUUCAGACUCAGGAGGCAGCUGAGAGACGCCGCAGAGCGACUGGAGUUCCUGAUGGACUAUGCGGACUUGCCCCACCAGAUUGAGGAUGUCUUUGAAAACAGCCGAAAUCUGCUCCUUAGCAAGAGGGAUCAGGCGGAGCUGGACCUCAUUAAAAGGUGCUCAGAAUUUGAGUGGAAACUUGAGGGCUACAGCAAGGAACUAGAAGGUUUUAGAAAACGUGAAGUGAUGUCUACAGAAGAAAUGAAGAACAAUGUUGAAAAACUUCACGAGCUUUCCAAGAACCUAGAUCAGGCACUGGUGGAAUUUGAGUUGAUCAAUAAGGAGGAGGAGCUGUUGGAAAAGGAGAAGAGUACCUUCCCUCUUCUGCAAAUGGUGAUGACCAACAAAGUGCCUUAUGAACAGCUGUGGGUGACAACCUAUGAGUUCAGCAUCAAGUCAGAGGAGUGGAUGAACGGACCCCUCUUUUUACUGAAUGCUGAGGAAAUUGCGGAGGAAAUAGGGAACAUGUGGAGGACAAUAUAUAAACUCACCAAGACCUUAACUGACUUGCCUGCACCCAGGCGCUUGGCAGAGAAUGUGAAAAUGAAGAUUGAUAAGUUCAAGCAGCACAUCCCUAUUCUCAACAUUUCCUGCAACCCGGGAAUGAAAGACCGGCACUGGCAACAGAUCAGCGAGCUUGUCGGCAGUGAAAUAAAGCUCACGGAAACGACUUGUCUGGCAAAUAUGCUGGAAAUUGGAUUCGGCAAAUUCAUUGACAAACUGGAGCCCAUUGGAGCAGCUGCCAGUAAAGAAUACUCUCUGGAGAGAAACCUGGAGAAGAUGAAGUUAGACUGGGUUAACAUGACAUUCAGCUUCGCCAAGUACAGGGACACUGAUACAAACAUCCUGUGUGCAGUUGAUGACAUUCAGCUGCUCCUCGAUGAUCACGUGAUAAAGACCCAGACCAUGUGCGGCUCCCCAUUCAUCAAACCGAUCGAAGCAGAAUGCCGGAAGUGGGAAGAAAAGCUAGUCCGCGUGCAGGACAUUUUGGACUCCUGGUUGAAAUGCCAAGCCACCUGGCUGUACCUGGAACCGAUCUUCAGUUCAGAGGACAUCAUAGCCCAGAUGCCAGAAGAGGGCAAGAAAUUUACCAUCGUUGAUAGUUACUGGAAAUCCCUCAUGUCCCAAGCGGUGAAAGAUGCCAGGGUUCUGAUGGCAGCAGACCAGCCACGGAUGUCUGAGAAGCUUCAAGAAGCUAACGCUCUGUUGGAGGACAUCCAGAGGGGCCUGAAUGAUUACUUAGAGAAGAAGAGGCUAUUUUUCCCCAGGUUCUUCUUCCUGUCCAAUGAUGAGCUGCUGGAGAUCUUGUCAGAGACCAAGGACCCCCUCCGAGUGCAGCCGCACUUAAAGAAGUGCUUUGAAGGAAUUGCCAAGCUGGACUUUACAGACAGUUUGGAGAUUUUGGGCAUGAUCAGCUCGGAAAAAGAAAUCGUUCCAUUCAAACAGAAAGUCUACCCAGCUCAAGCCAAAGGCAUGGUGGAAAAGUGGCUCCAGCAGGUGGAGCAGAUGAUGCUGGCCAGCAUGCGGGAAGUUAUCAGGCUCGGGAUUGAGGCGCAUGCCCAGGUCUCUCGUAAUGAGUGGGUCUUGCAGUGGCCUGGCCAGGUGGUUAUCUGCGUCUCCUCCAUCUUUUGGACCCAGGAGGUGUCUCAAGCCCUGGUUGAAAAUACUCUGCCGCUUUUUCUGGAGAAGAGCAAUGAUCAGAUUGCACAGAUUGUCCAGCUGGUGCGAGGGAAGCUGAGCAGCGGGGCUCGCCUCACUCUUGGGGCCCUCACGGUCAUCGAUGUCCACGCUCGCGACGUGGUGGCCAAGCUGUCUGAGGACAAAGUCUGUGAUCUGAACGACUUCCAGUGGAUCUCCCAGCUGCGCUACUACUGGAGGGAGAGUGACGUGGAGGUGGAGAUGAUCACAACCGAGCUCCUAUAUGGCUACGAGUACCUGGGCAACUCCCCGCGGCUGGUGAUCACGCCCCUCACCGACCGCUGCUACAGGACACUGAUGGGGGCUUUGAAGCUGAAUCUUGGGGGAGCUCCAGAAGGUCCAGCUGGGACAGGCAAGACAGAAACCACCAAAGAUCUGGCCAAAGCUUUGGCAAAGCAGUGUGUGGUCUUCAACUGCUCCGAUGGUCUGGAUUAUAAAGCCAUGGGGAAGUUCUUCAAAGGGCUGGCCCAGGCUGGAGCAUGGGCCUGCUUUGAUGAGUUCAAUAGGAUUGAGGUGGAAGUGCUGUCCGUGGUGGCUCAGCAGAUUCUCAGCAUUCAGCAGGCCAUCAUCCGGAAGCUAAAGGUGUUCAUCUUUGAAGGCACCGAGCUCUCUCUAAACCCAACCUGUGCUGUCUUUAUCACCAUGAACCCCGGGUACGCUGGCAGGGCUGAGCUGCCAGAUAAUCUCAAGGCCUUGUUCCGGACAGUGGCCAUGAUGGUGCCAGACUAUGCCCUCAUUGGAGAAAUCUCUCUCUACUCUAUGGGGUUUCUGGACUCCAGAAGUCUUGCCCAGAAGAUCGUGGCAACCUAUCGCCUGUGCUCCGAGCAGCUCUCCUCUCAGCAUCACUACGACUACGGCAUGCGCGCCGUCAAGUCCGUGCUCACCGCCGCUGGCAACCUCAAGCUCAAGUACCCAGUGGAGAACGAGAGUGUCCUGCUGCUCCGGGCCUUGCUUGACGUCAACCUGGCCAAGUUCUUGGCUCAGGAUGUCCCUCUGUUUCAGGGAAUUAUAUCAGAUUUGUUCCCUGGAGUUGUUCUUCCAAAGUCCGACUACGAAGUUUUCAUGGAAGUGCUGAAUGACAACAUCAGCAAGAUGAAACUCCAGCCAGUGCCGUGGUUUAUUGGGAAAAUUAUCCAGAUCUAUGAGAUGAUGCUGGUGAGACAUGGCUACAUGAUUGUCGGAGACCCCAUGGGUGGCAAGACCUGUGCUUAUAAAGUGCUGGCUGCAGCUCUGGGUGACUUAAACAAAGCCAACCAGAUGGGGGAGUUUGCAGUGGAGUACAAGAUCAUCAACCCCAAGGCUAUCACCAUGGGGCAACUGUACGGGUGCUUUGACCAAGUCAGCCACGAGUGGACAGACGGUGUCCUCGCCAACGCUUUCCGGGAGCAAGCGUCUUCCAUGUCUGAUUAUCGCAAGUGGAUUAUAUUUGAUGGGCCAGUGGAUGCUGUUUGGAUCGAAAACAUGAACACCGUUCUGGAUGACAAUAAAAAGCUGUGUUUGAUGAGUGGGGAGAUCAUCCAGAUGAGCCCCAAGAUGAGCCUGAUCUUCGAGCCGGCCGACCUGGAGCAGGCCUCUCCAGCCACCGUGAGCAGGUGUGGGAUGAUCUACAUGGAGUCCCAUCAGCUUGGCUGGAAGCCCCUGAAGGACUCCUACAUGGACACCCUGCCUUCCACUCUCACUGAGGAGCACAAGGAAUUGGUCAAUGACAUGUUCAUGUGGCUUGUCCAGCCCUGCCUGGAAUUUAUUCGCCUUCAGUGUAAAUUUGUGGUCCAAACAUCUCCCACCCACCUGGCCUUCUCAAUGAUGAGACUGUAUUCCUCGCUGCUAGAUGAAAUCAGGGAAAUAAAAGAGGAUGAAGGUGAAUCUGAAGGCCUGACGAGCCAGCAGAUCUUCCUCUGGCUGCAAGGCCUGUUCCUCUUUGCCCUGGUGUGGACCGUGGCCGGCGCCAUCAACACGGACAGCAGGAAGAAGUUCGACGUGUUUUUCCGCAACCUGAUCAUGGGCAUGGACGACAAUAACCCGAGGCCCAAAAGCGUCAAACUCACCAAAAACAACAUCUUUCCAGAAAAAGGAAGCGUCUAUGACUUUUAUUUCCUCAAGCAUGGUAGCGGACAUUGGUGCACAUGGACGGAGUAUAUCACCAAAGAAGAGGAAAAUAUCCCAGCUAAGGCCAAGGUCUCAGAACUCAUCAUCCCCACAAUGGAGACAGCCCGGCAGUCCUUCUUCUUGAAAACCUACUUGGACCAUGAGGUACCCAUGCUGUUCGUGGGACCCACAGGCACCGGCAAAUCAGCCAUCACCAACAACUUCCUCCUCCGCCUUCCCAAAAAUACCUACCUGCCCAACUGCAUCAAUUUUUCAGCCAGGACCUCAGCCAAUCAGACCCAGGAUAUCAUCAUGUCCAAGCUGGAUCGACGGCGGAAGGGCCUCUUUGGGCCUCCCAUAGGGAAGAAGGCAGUGGUGUUUGUGGAUGACCUCAACAUGCCAGCCAAAGAGGAGUAUGGGGCCCAGCCCCCCAUUGAGCUCCUGAGGCAGUGGAUUGACCAUGGUUACUGGUUUGACAAGAAAGACACAAGCAAGCUAGACAUCGUGGAUCUGCUGCUUGUGACAGCCAUGGGACCCCCCGGGGGGGGAAGGAAUGACAUUACUGGGCGAUUCACCCGCCAUCUAAAUGUCAUUUCCAUCAACGCCUUUGAGGAUGACAUUUUAACCAAGAUUUUUACUUCAAUUGCUGACUGGCAUUUUGGGAAAGGGUUCGACGUGAUAUUCUUAAGGUAUGGAAAGAUGCUGGUGCAGGCUACUAUGACAAUUUACAAAGCUGCAGUGGAGAAUUUCUUGCCAACUCCCACCAAGUCACAUUACGUCUUUAACCUGCGGGACUUCUCGCGGGUGAUCCAAGGGGUGCUGCUCUGUCCUCACACCCAUCUGCAGGAUGUGGAAAAGCUUGUCCGACUUUGGAUCCAUGAGAUUUAUCGGGUCUUCUAUGACCGUCUGAUCGACGAUGAGGACAGACAGGUCUUCUUCAACAUGGUGAAGGAAACCACCUCUAACUGCUUCAAGCACACCAUGGAGAAGGUCCUUAUCCACCUGUCACCCACCGGAAAGAUUACCGAUGAUAAUAUCCACAGCCUCUUUUUUGGAGACUACCUCAAACCAGAAAGUGAACCCAAAAUCUACGAUGAGAUCACUGACCUGAAACAGCUCACAGUGGUCAUGGAGUACUACCUGGGGGAGUUCAACAACGUCAGCAAGGCCCCCAUGUCCCUGGUCAUGUUCAGGUUCGCCAUCGAGCAUAUCUCCCGGAUCUGCAGGGUCCUGAAGCAGAGCAAAGGCCACUUGCUCCUGGUGGGCAUUGGGGGCAGCGGGCGGCAGAGUGUCAGCAAACUGUCCACGUUCAUGAACUCGUACGAGCUGUACCAGAUCGAGAUCACUAAGAACUACUCAAACUCCGACUGGCGGGAGGACCUGAAGAAGAUCAUGCUGCAGGUGGGUGUGGCCACCAAGAGCACUGUGUUCCUUUUUGCUGACAACCAGAUCAAGGAUGAGUCGUUCGUUGAGGACAUCAACAUGCUUCUGAACACAGGCGACGUGCCCAACAUCUUCCCUGCUGACGAGAAGGCUGACCUCGUGGAGAAGAUGCAAACGGCGGCCAGGACGGCGGGCGAGAAGAUCGAAGUCACUCCUCUUUCUAUGUAUAACUACUUCAUCGAGAGGGGAACUGACAAGGUCUGUUUCUCAUUAGCCAUGAGCCCCAUUGGGGAUGCCUUUCGGAACCGCCUGAGGAUGUUCCCUUCACUCAUCAAUUGCUGUACGAUUGAUUGGUUCCAGUCCUGGCCCACAGAUGCUCUGGAGUUGGUGGCUAACAAAUUUCUGGAAGAUGUGGAACUUGAUGACAAUAUUCGGGCAGAGGUCAUCUCCAUGUGCAAAUAUUUCCAGGAGAGCGUGAAGGAACUGUCGCUCGAUUAUUACAACACUCUUCGCAGACACAACUAUGUCACCCCCACCUCCUACCUCGAGUUGAUCCUAACCUUCAAGACACUCUUGAAUAGCAAGAGGCAAGAGGUUGAUAUGAUGAGGAACCGCUACCUGACUGGCCUGCAGAAACUCGACUUCGCAGCUUCCCAGGUGGCAGUCAUGCAAGUAGAACUGACCGCCCUCCAACCCCAACUCAUCCAGACGUCUGAGGAGACUGCCAAUAUGAUGGUGAAAAUUGAAGAGGAGACGAGAGAAGCCGAUGCCAAGAAACUUAUGGUGCAGGCGGAUGAAAAAGAAGCCAAUGCUUCUGCUGCCGUUGCUCAGGGCAUCAAGGACGAAUGCGAGGGGGACCUGGCAGAGGCCAUGCCGGCACUGGAGGCCGCACUGGCUGCGCUCGACACCCUGAACCCAGCGGACAUCUCACUGGUGAAGUCGAUGCAGAACCCCCCAGGCCCCGUCAAGCUAGUCAUGGAGAGCAUUUGUGUCAUGAAAGGGCUGAGACCAGAGAGGAAGCCGGACCCCAGUGGCAGCGGGAAAAUGAUAGAAGAUUACUGGGGGGUAUCGAGAAAGAUUCUUGGAGAUCUGAAAUUCCUGGAGAGUCUUAAGACAUAUGACAAAGACAAUAUCCCCCUGGUGAUCAUGAAACGGAUCCGAGAAAGGUUUAUUGACCAUCCAGAUUUCCAGCCAGCUGUCAUUAAAAAUGUGUCAUCUGCCUGCGAGGGUCUGUGCAAGUGGGUGAGGGCCAUGGAGGUGUACGACCGCGUGGCCAAGGUGGUGGCUCCCAAGCGGGAGCGGCUGAAGGAGGCUGAGGGGAAGCUGGGUGCCCAGAUGCAGAAGCUGAACCAGAAGCGAGCAGAGCUGAAGCUGGUGGAAGACCGCCUCCAGGCCCUGAACGAUGACUUUGAAGAGACGAAUGCCAAGAAAAUGACCUUGGAAGAAAACAUCCAUAUCUGCUCCGAAAAGCUGAUCAGGGCAGAAAAGCUGAUCAGCGGUCUUGGGGGAGAGAAGGACCGAUGGACGGAAGCUGCCCGGCAGCUGGGGAUCCGCUACAUUAAUCUGACAGGGGAUGUGUUGGUGUCCUCGGGGACCGUGGCUUACCUGGGGGCUUUUACAGUGGAUUAUCGGGCCACGUGCCAAAAGCAGUGGUUGGCUCACUGUAAAGAGAGGAUCAUCCCCGGCUCCAGUGACUUCAGUCUCAGCAACACAUUAGGGGAUCCCAUAAAAAUUCGCGCCUGGCAGAUCGCUGGGCUGCCAGUAGACUCCUUCUCCAUCGACAAUGGCAUCAUUGUGUCCAACUCCAGACGCUGGGCCUUGAUGAUCGACCCUCAGGGCCAGGCCAACAAGUGGGUCAAGAACAUGGAAAAAGUGAAUAAGCUGUCUGUCACCAAGUUCACAGACAGCAGCUACGUGAGGACCCUGGAAAAUGCUCUGCAGUUUGGCACCCCCGUCUUACUAGAAAACGUUGGAGAAGAGCUGGAUGCCUUUAUUGAACCCAUCUUGCUCAAGUCCACGUUCAAGCAGCAAGGGGUUGAAUACAUGAGGCUGGGCGAAAACAUCAUUGAAUACUCCAAGGACUUCAAGUUAUACAUCACGACCCGCUUGAGGAACCCGCAUUACCUCCCUGAAGUCGCCGUGAAAGUCUGCCUCCUCAACUUCAUGAUCACCCCCUUGGGCCUCCAGGAUCAGCUCCUGGGCAUCGUGGCUGCCAAGGAGAAGCCGGAGCUGGAAGAGAAGAAGAACCAGUUGAUUGUGGAAAGUGCCGAGAACAAAAAGCAGCUGAAGGAGAUAGAAGAUAAGAUCUUGGAGGUCCUCUCCCUGUCCGAGGGCAACAUCCUCGAGGACGAGACUGCCAUCAAAGUCUUGUCGUCCUCCAAAGAGCUGUCUGAAGAGAUCUCCGAGAAACAGAAAAUUGCCUCCGUGACAGAAACGCAGAUCGACGAGACUCGGCUGGGCUACAAGCCCGUGGCCGUGCACUCGGCCACCGUCUUCUUCUGCAUCUCCGACCUGGCCAACAUCGAGCCGAUGUACCAGUACUCCCUGACGUGGUUCAUCAACCUCUACACGCACUCCCUGGCCCACAGCGGCAAGAGCGAGGACCUGGAGCUGCGCAUCGAGUACAUCAUCGAGCAUUUCACCCUCAGCAUCUACAACAACGUCUGCCGCUCCCUGUUCGAGAAGGACAAGCUGCUUUUCUCGCUCCUGCUGACCAUCGGCAUCUUGAAAGAGAAAAAGAAGAUUAACGAGGAAAUCUGGUACUUUCUUCUCACCGGAGGCAUUGCCCUGGACAACCCCUUCCCCAACCCAGCGUCCGAGUGGCUGUCUGAGAAAGCGUGGGCCGAGGUGGUGCGCGCGUCCACCUUGCCCAAGCUCAGAGGCCUGAUGGAACAUUUCAAACAAAACGCCAGCGAGUGGAAGCUCAUCUACGACUCAGCCUGGCCCCAGGAGGAGGAUUUCCCGGGGUCUUGGAAGUUCCUUCAAGGGCUGGAGAAGAUGGCCGUCCUCCGAUGUUUGCGGCCCGACAAGAUGAUUCCAGCCACCCGGCAGUUCAUUGCUGAGCACAUGGGCAACGCGUACAUUGAGGCCCCUACGUUUGACCUCCAGGGGUCCUACAAUGACUCCAGCUGCUGUACGCCACUCAUUUUCGUGCUCUCUCCCGGCGCAGACCCAAUGGCAGGCCUGCUGAAGUUUGCUGAAGAUGUUGGCAUGGGAGGUAGCAAAACACAGAUCAUAUCCCUUGGCCAAGGCCAAGGCCCUAUUGCAGCCAAAAUGGUCAACAUUGCCAUCAAAGAUGGGACCUGGGUGGUCUUACAGAACUGCCAUCUGGCCACAAGCUGGAUGCCUGCUCUGGAGAAGAUCUGUGAAGAGGUGAUUGUUCCUGAGAACACCAACGUCAGAUUCAGGCUGUGGCUGACCAGCUACCCAUCAGAGAAGUUUCCAGUCAGCAUCCUUCAGAAUGGGAUCAAAAUGACCAACGAGCCUCCAAAAGGGCUCCGGGCCAACCUCUUGCGCUCCUACCUCAAUGACCCCAUCUCGGACCCCGUGUUCUUCCAAAGCUGUACAAAGCCAGAGAUCUGGCAAAAGCUGCUGUUCGGCCUUUGCUUCUUCCACGCCAUCGUUCAAGAGAGGCGGAACUUCGGACCCCUAGGCUGGAACAUCCCUUACGAGUUCAAUGAGUCCGACCUGAGGAUUAGCGUGCGGCAGAUCCAGAUGUUUCUGAACGACUACAAGGAGGUGCCCUUCGAAGCUCUGACCUACCUGACAGGGGAGUGUAAUUAUGGAGGCAGAGUGACUGAUGACAAAGACAGGCGUCUCCUGCUGUCCCUUCUGUCCAUUUUCUUCUGUAAGGACAUCGAGCAGGACCAUUACUGUGUCGCUCCUGGAGAUACUUACUACAUCCCUCCCCAUGGCUCCUACCAGUCCUAUAUCGAGUACCUCAGGAACCUCCCCAUCACAGCCCACCCAGAAGUGUUUGGCCUCCAUGAGAACGCAGACAUCACCAAGGACAACCAGGAGACCAACCAGCUGUUUCAGGGGGUGCUGCUGACUCUCCCCAGGCAGUCGGGAGGCAGUGGCAAGUCCCCUCAGGAAGUGAUUGAGGAGCUGACCCACGACAUACUCUCCAAACUCCCCAAGGACUUUGACAUGGAAGUGGUCAUGAAGCUGUACCCCGUGGUCUAUGAGGAAUCCAUGAACACCGUCCUCAGGCAGGAGCUCAUCAGAUUCAACAGGUUGACCAAAGUGGUUCGUAUAAGCCUCAUCAACCUUGGCCGAGCCAUCAAAGGGCAGGUCCUGAUGUCCUCAGAGCUGGAGGAUGUCUUCAAUAGCAUGCUUGUGGGCAAAGUGCCAGCCCUGUGGAUGGCCAAGUCCUACCCAUCGCUGAAGCCCCUGGGGGGCUACGUGGCUGACAUGCUGGCCCGCCUGGCCUUCUUCCAGGACUGGAUCGACAGUGGGCCCCCUGUGGUCUUUUGGAUCUCCGGAUUCUACUUCACACAGUCCUUUUUGACAGGUGUCUCUCAGAAUUAUGCCCGGAAAUACACCAUCCCCAUUGACCACAUUGGAUUUGAGUUUGAGGUCACCACACAAGAAACUGUCAUGGAGCAGAACCCAGAAGAUGGGGCCUACAUAAAAGGACUCUUCUUAGAAGGUGCUCGUUGGGACAGGAAAAUGAUGCAGAUUGAGGAGUCUCUCCCGAAAAUCCUCUAUGACCCAUUGCCCAUCAUUUGGCUGAAACCAGGAGAGAGUGCCACAUUUCUGCAUCAGAACAUUUAUGUGUGUCCAGUCUAUAAAACAAGUGCCCGGAGAGGUGUCCUCUCCACCACAGGCCACUCUACCAACUACGUGCUCUCCAUAGAACUCCCAACACGCAGGCCCCAGAGCCACUGGAUAAACCGGGGGGUGGCAUCUCUGUGCCAGCUGGAUAACUGAUGGCCUCUGUCUCAACACAGGAAAUAAAAGGCGUUUCAUUCUGCGUACAGCCCA